AUGAUGAUGGUCGAGGAGAAGAUGGAAGCCAACAAAGCGUCCGCGUCUUCCCACGGCGCCGCGUUCGAGGCGAUGAACGGCGACGCUGGCAAGGAAACGACCAAAAAAGAACAACAACAAGAGACCUUCUCUCCUCAAGUCUUGAAAGCAGUCGAAGAGAUUUUCGAAUCGCGUUCGGUGAAAGAGGUGAGAGAAAUUGAAGUUCGAACUCGGAAAGAAGCCGACGAUAAGCAAGAAGAGUUGAGGCAAAUUAUCGGGUCGAGUUAUAAAGAUGCCAUCGCGAACGCGGACGAUCUCGUGCAGAUGAGCGAAGAAACGGGAAAGUUGAGCGAGUGCAUCACAGAAAUCAAGGAGUUGGUAAAAGUGUUUGGAACGUUAGACGUGAGCGAAGAAGCAGAGGAAGUUUCGAGAACGAACAAAAGCGGUAACAACGCGGACAGAACUAGGGGGGAAAAUCAAAACGAACAAAUCGAUCAAGAGUUGCGAGACGUGUUAUACGCCGCGGGGUCUCGCGUGAAGUACUUGGUGGACUCUCCGGAGCAAAUUUGGGGAUACUUGGAAGCUGGAUCGUGCUACGAAGCGGCGAAACGGUUCGGAGCGAGUAAAAUCAUUCUGGCGUGCUUGCAAGAGAAGAUGAAGGCAGACGAGCGAAUCUUUAAGACGUUUCCAUUGAUCACCGCGCAAGCGAACGCGUUGCAUUCGUUUUCCGGGCAAAUCUCGAAAAAAUCUCGUCUGGCUUUGCAACGCGUCACGGACACGCCGGAGCAAGUUGCUUCGGCUUUGUGUGCCGUAUACGUCGUCGAAGACAUUAAAGAACCAAGAGUACUGUUGCAAAUAUUGCUACAAUCGAGACGGGCGUGGGUUAGAGCGAGUUUGCGCAAGUUGAACAGUGAAUCAGAUGCGCUCAGGCUGGGAAAAGCUUUAGGUUUAAUAUGCGCAGAGAUUCGAAAAGCAACUAGGUUAGCUCGAAAACUCUUCGUUGAGAACGAAGAUAGCGAGAAAGGAACGCCAUUGUUCUUUCAGACAUUAAAUCAACGACCAAUGGAAGGGAACUCUCAGUUUUCAGGCGUUUCUGAACCAGUAAGAGAAGACGAAUUGUGGCACGAAUCUAUAAGCGCUCGUGAGAGGAGCACAGUGGCGGAAUCGAAGGAAAGCGUUUCUUCAUCCAUACAAAGUUGGCUCGCUGAUGUUGCCGCCGAUGCGAAAGCUAGGGGCAAGAAGGUAUUUGAGGGGUUAGAUAAGUGCUCACGCGUAGCUGAAGCAGAAAGAAAUGCAAACGAAACGUGCGAAAAGGUUGAAAGAGCGCAUCUGAAAAAGUUGAGUUCUGGAAAGAAAAGUAAAGAUGCGACCAUAACGACUUCGACGUGGUCUGAAUUCUCGCUCGCAUUUCUCGAUAAGGAUAUAAAUAUUUUGACGACUCUUUUCGAGGAACCAAUGUUAGAGCGCGGUAAAACUUUACUCGCGAACACUUUAGCGCAUGUUUCCGCGAGGAAAUUACUCAAUGACGCCUUAAAAGAAGAAUCGAUAAUGGAAAACAUCAAAGCUGGAGAAAACACAGACUUUUGGCUUACUGAGGAUUCCAAUAAUAGCAACACCUCCGGAGCUCCUCCAGGUUUGAGUUUAGCUCGCACUUUGGCAUCAAAAAUUGAUCAGAGCUUGAAAAGUGCGCGAGAGGACGCCUUGUUACUCGCUCGACACGGCGGGAAAUCUGCGAGCUCAUAUUCUACUUCGGCGUACGACGAGAAACGCAUUCAAUUUUUAGAGCCUUUCGUGAAAGGAGAAGCGGCGAGAGGUAUCGUCGGCUUUUCUUCGUUUUUGAGCCAAAAGGUUGCGGAGAUUAAAAGAGAUUCUGUAAAACGAAAUCGCACGAAAGAUGUUGUCGUCGAAAAAGCUUUGUUGUGCGGAAGACUUGCGCAUGUUAUCGCGACGCACUCUGGCGAGAUCGCCCUCAUUCUUGGACCUGCGUCGGAGUGGUACAAUGUCAAAACAUCGAGCGGUAGUGGUAGCGGUAGAGCAGCUGCUUCGAAAAUACCGCGGCAAAGUGAAAGUAAUAGAAUAUUAACUGAAGUGAACGAAGCUUUGCUUUUAGCAUCGGACGAAGCGUUUAGCAUUUGGGUCGACUUUGUAUCUUCUCUCUGUGUGAAAGACUUGGAGGAAAACUUGUUAAACGACGAUCAGUUAGAAUUGGCUCAUGCUCCACACGAUUGGGAAACCAUCGCUCUUGGAACAUCCGACGAUGUCACCAUCGAGCUUCCGGCGUUACCAUCGAGCUAUGUUUUGGAAAUGUUGCACAAGGCUUCGAGACUUGUGAGUAAAGCGGGAGGACAUGUGCUGUCGAAAAGAGCCUUGAAACAUUUCGCCGAUGCACUUGGUAAUGGUGCUAUGUCCGCUUAUGCGAACUUUCUCGGACUUUCGGAUUCAUCAGUUUCUAAAAAAGUGCAGCUCCUUAAUAAUACGGAGUUAUCGGAGAAAGGGGCGUUACAAAUGCUCUUCGAUCAACGUCUGGUCCACGAUUUCUUGGCCGGUGGCAUGAAACCGAGCCCGGAGGCUCCAAAGCUCGCAAAUGAAAAGGCGCGAGUCAUUACACAAUCUCUCAUCAAGGGUCUCGAUCCAAUCGACUGGGCUACGUAUGAACCGUAUUUAUGGGGAAAUGAAGCAAGAUGUUAUGUUCGCUGUUCCGUGUUGCUCGGUUCUUUUGUGCAACUAUACAAGUUGCACAAAGACGUGUCCACAGCUGCGAGCAAGAAACGAACGCCCACGUCCAGCACUACCUCCACUGCGAGCGAAACGUUACGAUUCUCUUAUUUACCGGUCAGUUUACCCGCUUUGAGAGGAGGAUCUGGUCGAGACGCAGAGAAGGGCGAAGUUGAUUGGGGCGUUAUUCAAGAUCUCAAAGACGAAUCGAAUGAGCAAAGUAACGUGUUCUCUAAAAUCGCUAGCUUCUUUUAA